UCAAGGGCAGCAAUGCGAUAUUUAGAGGCUAAUCCUGAUACAUUGGCACCAUAUCAAGUCCUAAAGGCUGAGGACCUUACAGUGAGCAAAGAAGUCACUGAGAAAAAUAGGCAUGGUCAGAGUUCUGAUAGGCUGGCUUGGUUUUGGCGAAUCAACAGUGCAGAGGAGAGCCGGAAGAGCGAGUGGAUGAAUAAAUUUUAUCAAGUGAAUUGGUUGAAAGCAAAAGCACGAUAUGACCGUUGGAGCGAGGAGUUGAAGUUAGUAUAG